GAGCUGGGGCUGAGUGCGGGGAGACAUGAGCCAACAGGGGGCCGCCCUUCAGACUUACAACAACGAGCUGGUCAAGUGUAUAGAGGACCUGUGCAGUAAGAGAGAUGAGUUGAACGGGCAGAUCCAGCAGGAGGAGGAAGAGAAGCACAAGCUGCAGAACGACAUCCGGAUCCUCACAGAGAAACUCUCCCGAGUCAAUGAGAACCUGGCCAGGAAGAUGGCGUCGCGCAACGAGUUCGAAAAAACCAUCGCCGAGACAGAGGCCGCCUACAUGAAGAUUCUGGAAAGUUCUCAGACGUUACUGAAUGUCCUGAAGAGAGAAGCCGGGAAUCUGGGCAAAGCCAGCGACCUGCGGGGCAAUGUGACGCAAUCGUGAGAGCCCCCGCGCCUUCCUGCCCCCACCCACCCCGGCGCAUUCAGCAAUCGGGCCGAGUUAUAUUUUCAUAUACAGAAUAUUCACUUUAAUAAAGAUAAUAUGUUCGGAAUGUUCUAUUUGGAUUUUAGCAGAAAACUUGGAAAAAUGCAGUUUUAUAUAGUUUGGUGAAUAAACCUGCUUCUUGCAUUCUA